UGUUUGUGUUUGUCCGUGUGUGAGCACAAAGUACAUAUUGGCCGUUAUUUUUUUUUUUGGGUUAUUGCGAUUUUGUACUUUGGAUAUUUUUUAUUGUUGUUGUUGUUGUUGUUUUUCGUUUUUAAUCAUCAAUCAACGAUUAAAAUUCCAUCCUAAUGCGUCAAAUCGUUCAUCUAAUAUAAGACCAAAACACAAUGAACGAUCAAUCGCAUGCAAAUGAUUCAACCGUUCGUAUACUUCUUGUCGGCGAACGUGAAGUAGGUAAAACAUCAAUGAUCUAUUCGCUUGUAUUCGAAGAAUUUGAUGAAGAAGUACCGGCAAAAUUUGAAGAGAUAACAAUUCCGGCUGAAGUUACACCGGUCAAUAUACCAACGGUUAUUGUUGAUUAUUCAGCACAAGAACAAUCGGAAAAAGAUCUAUAUGAAGAAUUACAACGUGCAAGUGUUAUUUGUAUUGUAUAUGCUAUCGAUAAUGAAGUGACUAUUGAUAAAAUAUCAACAUAUUGGUUACCACUUAUACAUCAACGUUUAGGUGAAAAUCAUUCAAUACCAAUUAUUUUAGUUGGUAAUAAAUCCGACCUAGUCGAAUAUAGUUCUAUUGAUACAGUUUUACCAUUAAUGAAUCAAUAUAAAGAAAUUGAAAUUUGUGUCGAGUGUUCAGCAAAAAAUCUGGAUAAUCUUUCGGAAAUUUUUUAUUAUGCACAAAAAACUGUACUUUAUCCGGUUACACCGAUUUAUUAUCCUGAAGAACGUGAACUUUCAGAUAAUUGUAAAAUAGCAUUGAAAAGAAUAUUUACUAUUUGUGAUCUUGAUAAUGAUGGAAUAUUGAACGAUUUGGAACUAAAUAAUUUUCAAACAUAUUGUUUUGAUUCAUAUCUUCUAAGUCAAACACUUGAUGAUGUUAAAUAUAUUUUAAAAAGUAUCAUUCCGGAUGGUGUUUCCGAAAAUGGCAUUACAUUACAGGGGUUUAUGUUUUUGUUAACAUUUUUUAUUCAACGUGGCCGACAUGAACUUAUUUGGAUUGUACUUAGAAAAUUUGGCUAUAAUAAUAGCGUAGCACUUGAUGAUCAAUAUCUUUAUCCAAAUUCAGCCUUACCUACGGAUAGUUUUUUUGAAUUAUCACCAAAAGGUUAUCAAUUUUUUACAAAUUUAUUUCAUAAAUAUGAUAAAGAUCAAGAUGGUGCAUUAUCACCAAAUGAAUUGACAUCAAUGUUUACAAUUUUUGAUUUGGAACAAUAUCCAAAAUGGUUUACCAGUGAAAGUUAUCAACGAAUUGUUCAUACAAAUGAACGUGGUUGGAUUACAUUACAAGGAUUUUUAUCAAUUUGGACAUUAACAACAUUUAUUGAUAUUCGACAAACAUUGAAAUAUCUUAGCCUAUUUGGUUAUAUGUUUGUAUCGGGUGAAAAAAGUCAAAUAUCCGCACUACAUAUUAUCAAAGAUCGUCGUAUGGAUCAAUAUGAAAAACAAACUGCACGUAAUGUUUUUCUUUGUAAUCUGGUUGGUCCAAAAGGUGCUGGUAAAAGUUGUUUUAUGCGUCGUUUUAUUAAUAAACAACAAAAAUUUACAAAUCUUAAUCAACAACGAUCAUCAUCAUCAUCAUUAUUAGAUAAUAAUUAUAAUGAUUAUGUUAUUAAUACAAUUACUGUUUAUGGACAGAAAAAAUAUCUAAUUAUUCGUGAAAUCGAUGUGAUCAACGUCAAUACAUUAUUAAAAACACCUGAAUUAUUUUGUGAUGUUUGUUGUAUGAUGUUUGAUCAAUCGGAUAGUUCAUCUUUUCAAGUGAUUGCCAAGACUUAUAUGAAAAACUUUCAUAAUACAAAACUUCCUAUAUUGCUAGUCGCAUCGAAAAAAGAUUUAACACAAGUAAAACAAAAUUAUCCAUUACAACCGGAUGAAUUUUGUCUUACAAAUAAACUAACACCAUUACAUAAAUUUUCGGCCAUUAAUGAAAUUAAUGAUUCAUCUGGAUCUGGAUCAUCAAUGAUCGCUGCUAAUGGAGCAUUAGAAGUUUAUGAAAAAUUAGUAACAAUGGCAGCAUAUCCAAAUCUAAAUAAAUUAGUACAUCUUUUGUUGGUAAAACCAACUAAUUCAUGGUUAGCACGUAAUAUGAAGUAA